CUCCGGCGCCGUCGCCGUCUUGUCCGGGACUCGGAUCGGGGAGCAACGUUCUCUCGCACCAGCCGCGAAGCUAUUCUCAGAACGAUCCGCGCCCGAAUUCCCGAAAGUGACCGCGGAAAGCACAAAGUCACUGCCCGCUCCGACUUUUCCUCUGCGGCAGCCGAACAUUGCUUCCGACACGCGGUGCUUCGCGUGGGUCAUGAUGGCUUCCGGAAUUAGUCUCUCGGCGCGUGAGGCGUGAAGCACUUCUGCAGCAGCGCGGCGCGCGACGGAGGCAGCCCGCCAGAGCGACGUCAGGGCCGCACGACCAUGCCAUGGGUUACCGCCGCCGCAGCGCUCGUCCUCGCCGCCACACAGUGGCCGCUUCGGGACGCCGAGGCCGCCAGCCUCAAGCUGGAGAUGCGGCCCAAGUACAUCAAGGCGUGCGAGCUCCCCAACAACGCCAUCGAGAACCUCCACGUGGUGUACGACAUGGUGGGCCGUGACGUCACCUUCUCCCUCAACGGCACCGUGAGCCGCAGCGUCCCCCGCUGGACCAAGAUCAGGCUGACCGCCGACAAGUGCGACGAGGUGGUGUCGAACAGCAGGUGCGCGCCGUUCAAGACCUUGGACUUCGGCGACGCCGCCGGCUGCAUGGCCAUGAUGAACAAGAACAUGCCUUGGUCCAAGAUCGUCAGCGACCUGCGUCCGAAGCUCAGCUGCCCCGCCACCAAGGCUAACUACACGCUGCGCAACGGCAUGCUGUCCAUGGAGGCCCUCAACAGCCUGGCCUCGACGUACCGCCUGGAGGGGCCCAUCUGGCGGGUGCGCGCCAUCUUCCUGGAAGCCAAGGGCGCCCUGCACUGUUGCUUCGAGGGGGCGGGGGAGUUCUUCCGCGUGCGGAGCCGGCCGUCGGGCUGACACCACACCGCAUGAAGCCACGUCGUCUUAGACCGGAAUCAGCCGAAAAUUCGCUUACCAAA